AUGUCAAGGCAAGUACACAGUUGCCACGUCACCUUGUGUAGCACAGAGAAUUAUGCUGGCUGCGGCCUUUGCACACUAAAAUUCUCAAACAUAUUGAGAAGAUUUGCUGAUUUUGAUGGUGACGGGCAGACCGAACACUUGUUGCCAGCUUGUGCAGAUCCAGCUUGUCAAAAAAGUGUCAUCUACCUAUCUAAACCGGGACUGGAUGAGUGGUUUCCAGUGUUGCAGAAUUUCUCAGAUGGCGUAAAUGUAUGGGGUUUUGUUCCACAUAGCAAUGAUCCAACCGCAGAUGAAAUUUCCUUUCCAAUCACUCUUCAUAUUGGAGAUUAUAACAUGGAUGGCUAUCCGGAUGCCCUUGCUAUACUGAAAAACACGUCAGGAAGGUACAGUAUUGCCAGUACUGGAAUUUUGGAUAUAAUUGUCCUCAGCAAGAAUUCUCCUAAAAAAGAGCUUGCUAUCCACGCAUUAAAAAAUAACUUCGAAGCAGAUGCCUACUUCGUUAAAGUCAUUGUUCUCAGUGGCCUUUGCUCAAAUGACUGUCCUCGCAAGAUAACCCCUUUUGGUGUGAAUCAACCUGGACCUUACAUUAAGUAUACAACUGUCGAUGCCAAUGGAUACUUGAAAAAUGGGUCGGAGGUUUGCAAUUUUGGUGCAGGUCCUUCCAAAAAGAAAGCUACCUUCCCAAGAGGUUCUCCUAAUGAACCGAUCUUUGAUUGUCAUAAAUGA